ACGAGAGCAGAUGGUGGAUGAGGCGGCGUUGCUGUAGGUGAACAACGGUAGCAUGGCGAGGGCGCGGACCUGGGCGCUCGCCUGCUUCAUAGCCUGGGCAGUGACGCUCACUAGGGCGUACCUAAUCCUCGUGCCCGACACCGCGCCGCCGGGACACCUCGUCCUCGACGCGGCCGUCUACAAGCUCGGAUCCGAACGUACAUAUACUAUAGAUGUACACCGCACCGCAAACUUCGUCCACCACGUUCUCCGAGUCAAUAGAACAUCCGGCCUCGUCACUCUCAGGAAAAGACUACGAUGCGACGGAGUCCUCUAUCCCAAUCUCUUCACUUUCUACGUCGACUCGACUUCGGAACGAAUACGCGAUAUAGACUACUACAGUCUUCCUAUUAGAAUUCUAGUUACGGGCGAAGACUGCAGUAGAAGACAUGCUGAUCUCUAUGAUAUUGACUUCGAUAGGGUCUAUGAUCAAGAUGAUGCCGCCUUACAAUAUGAGGAUGAUCACAUUAGAGACAAACGUGCGACACACUAUUAUCAACCAGAGAUUAUGGAUUGGAGGUUAAUAGAAGAGGAAGAAGAAUUACUUUCUAGUCAAUUUAAAGUGCUAUCGACAGCGUAUCCGUGGACGAAUGCCGUUUUCGAGGACUUUGCUGCGAGGAAUAGAAGUAGACACAAAAGAUCUCUGCCAUUACCUUUCGAUAUGGCCAUAGAUGUUAAGAUAGCUGAGGCUAAGCAAUGGAUUUCUGAAACAUAUGCCAGUUUUUCUAUACCGACAACGGAUCGGUGGCAGGGAAUAUGUCUUAAACAAUCUCAAUUUAUAAAUUCUUUAACAGCUUUCCUUCCGCGAACUGUCCAAAAAUUUUGUAAAGUUCAAUUUCUGGAUGUUAGCGACCCUAGGUUCGUGAUCGAGAGCAGUCAGGGUGAUCUUGUAGCGAGUAGCGAUAUGUGCAUACAAGAACCGAUGUGGAAGGUCUCUGUCCUAUUCACUUUCAACUGUGACAAAUCGAACAUCGUGGACUCCGACCACAGACUCAAAAUAGUUUACCAUCAUCAGGAACUAAACGAUACAGAUAUAGCUCGUAGAGUGAAGAGAGAACUAAGAAACCAGUCCCCUUACUUCGAACAAGCUCUCUACGUGGCUUCUGUUGCUGAGGAACAGCCGCCAGGAGUCGUUGUUACAACUGUCAGAGCUCGGGACCCUGAGAAUAGCCCAGUUACGUAUUCAAUGUCAAGCUUGUUGGACUCUCGCUCGGCGGGCAUGUUCGCGGUAGACACCAGGUCGGGCGUGGUGACAACGCAAGCGAGACUCGACAGAGAGAGGUUGGACGUGCACUACUUCAGGGUGGUCGCGCAAGAUGACACCUUCCCGCCUAGAAGUGGCACUACUACAUUACAAAUAAACGUAUUGGACUGCAACGACCACGCGCCAGUGUUUGAAAUGCAGCAGUACGAAGCGUCAGUACGCGAAGGUGCCAGCGCAGGAACCACCGUCCUCACACUCAAAGCCACCGAUCAGGACAUCGGUAACAAUGCACAGGUUGAAUAUACAAUAGACUCAGUGUCAGCGGACAAUCUCAAUCCAGGAGAAGUGAACGAAUCUAUAGAAGGUGAUAACGAACAAAUUAGCGCGCCAGACGUGUUCCGAGUGGACGGCAGGAGCGGCGCGCUGCUCACGAGGGCGCCUCUCGACAGGGAAAAAGUCUCCAGAUACAUUGUUAUUGUAAAGGCGACGGAUCAAGCAAGCCCUUUAUCCGAUAGACUCUCCAGCAGUGCCACGAUCCACGUGAACAUAAUAGACGACAAUGACAACUACCCUCAGUUCAGCGAGAAGACGUACACUGUCACUAUCGACGAGGACAUCAGCGUCUCCGAUAACCCAAUCAUUGCCAAGAUCAAGGCCAGUGAUGCAGACGUGGGUGCCAACGCUGCGAUCCGCUACGCUAUCAUCGGAGGUAAUACGCAGAUGCAGUUUUCCAUCGACAGCCUCAGCGGCGAUGUAGCGCUGGUCAAACCCCUAGACUAUGAACAAGUUCGCAACUACCGUCUAGUGAUAAGGGCACAAGAUGGCGGCAGUCCGUCUCGGUCAAACACGACCCAGCUGCUGGUGAACGUGAAGGAUGUAAAUGACAACGCGCCAAGAUUCUACACCUCGCUGUUCCAGGAGUCCGUCAGCGAGAAUGUUCCCGUCGGGUACAGCAUUGUCCGAGUACAAGCUUACGACGCGGACGAGGGCGUGAACGCCGAGCUGACGUAUACUCUAGCGGACAAGGAGUACAACGGCAACAACGACUUGCCGAUCAGUAUAGACCCACGCUCUGGCUGGGUCUACACCUCCGCGCACCUUGAUAGAGAAGUCCAACCUAAAUACCAACUGCAGGUAACAGCAACAGAUGGCGGAGAGCCACCUCGUUCAGCCACGGCAUCCGUGGUAGUUGUGGUGCAGGACGUUAACGACAACGACCCGGUCUUCUCGCCGCCGCAGUACGAAGUUGAACUGGCGGAGGAUGAACCUCCCGGUACACCUGUUGUUACCGUCACUGCAACUGAUGCUGAUGAGGAUAACAGAUUACAUUACGAAAUCACCGGUGGGAACACACGAGGUCGUUUCUCGAUCACAUCUCAGAACGGUCGAGGUUUGAUCACGGUCGCGCAGCCGCUGGACUUUAAGCAGGAGAGACGUUAUGUCCUCACUGUCACCGCGACUGACUCCGGCGGCCGCGCUGACACCGCCAUGGUGCAUAUCAACAUCACUGAUGCCAAUAACUACGCUCCGGUAUUCGAAAAUGCACCCUACACUGCUUCGGUAUUCGAGGACGCGCCAGUUGGUACGACAGUACUCGUUGUGUCGGCGACAGACAGCGAUGUUGGCGUGAACGCGCAGAUCACGUACAGCCUCAGCUCUGAGAUCUCCAACGAGGCGGUCGCGCACCACGACCGAGAGUUCCUCAUCAACCCUCACACCGGUGCUAUUACAACUAACAAGCUGCUCGACAGGGAGACUAUGAGCGGGUAUCUUUUGACGGUAACCGCUCGCGAUGGCGGUGUUCCAUCUCUUUCUGAUACAACGGAUGUAGAGAUAUCAGUUGUAGACGUUAAUGACAAUGCACCAGUGUUCAAACAACAAUUGUACACUUCCAGCAUUAUGGAGGAUGCUCUAGUUGGUACAUCAGUGACACAGGUGAGCGCGUCAGACGCGGACGUGGGUCUGAACGGGCGCGUGCACUACGAGCUGGCGGCGCGAGAACGCGAGGAGGGCUCGUUCGCGCUGGACGCGGCGUCCGGCGUCUUGCGCACCAACAAGCCGCUCGACAGAGAGUCUGUUGCUAUCUACGACCUUAAGGCCCUCGCAAUUGAUGGCGGCACACCGCCUCAGAGCUCCACUGUGAUAAUCCAUAUUAAAGUAGAAGACAUUAAUGACUCGCCGCCGGUGUUUGAAAGUGAUUGCCUUACAUUUUACAUACCGGAGAAUAGUCCUAUAGGGACCACUGUCGGAGAAAUACGCGCCCAUGAUCCGGACGAAGGAGCAAACGCUGUCAUACAUUACUCUAUAAAAGGUGGUGACGAUUCUAAUAGUUUCUCAUUAGAAACACGGCAAGGAUCUGAUAAAGCAGAGCUAGUAACGAUGGUGGAUUUAGAUUAUGAAAGUCCGAGGAAGAAAUACGAGUUGGUAAUUAGAGCGGCCAGUCCUCCAUUGUGGAAUGACGUCAGAGUAGAAGUGUUAGUAACCGAUGUGAACGACAACGCGCCCAUGAUGAAGGAUUUUCAGAUUAUUUUCAACAACUUUAAAGACUGCUUUCCUGUGGGACCCUUCGGUAGAGUGCCCGCUUACGAUGCUGAUGUCUCUGAUAAGCUUCAAUAUCGAAUUCUGUCCGGCAACAAUGCAAAUCUUGUUCUUUUAAACGAAACGACCGGCGCCAUGACGUUGUCACCGCAACUCAAUACUAACGUUCCCAAAUUAGCAACAAUGGAGAUAUCAGUAACAGAUGGCGUGAACGAAAUAAAAGCGAUGAUGCAGCUGUCAGUGCGGCUGAUAACCGAGGAGAUGUUAUUUAACUCGAUCACGGUGCGGCUGAACGACAUGACUGCGGAGCAGUUCCUAUCGCCGCUGCUCGGCUUCUUCAUCGACGGGUUGGCGGCCAUCGUGCCCUGCCCCAAGGAGAAUAUCUAUGUGUUCAGUGUGCAGGACGAUACCGACGUGACGGGCAACAUCUUGAACGUAUCCUUCUCUGCGCGACGGCCAGAGGCGGAGUUGUCUGCGUGGGGUGUGGGGGGUGCAGGGGGCGCGGAGCAGUUCUACUCGCCCACGCACCUGCGCGAGAGGCUAUAUCUCAACCGCGCCACGCUCGCUAGAUUGGCUACAGUACAGGUGUUACCAUUCGACGACAACGUGUGCAUCCACGAGCCGUGCCUCAACUUCGAGGAGUGCCUCACCGUGCUCAAGUUCGGCAACGCCUCCGGCUUCAUCAACAGCGACAGCGUGUUGUUCCGUCCCAUUUAUCCUGUCACUACAUUCACCUGUCAAUGUCCACAAGGAUUUACAGGUCUUAGAGAACACUUUCUGUGUGACACAGAAGUAGAUUUGUGUUAUUCAUCGCCGUGUGUCAACAAUGGAACGUGUAUACGACGCGAGGGUGGAUACACUUGCGUGUGCGCGCCUGGAUUUACCGGAACGAAUUGUGAGACAGUAUUAACGAAAGCGACAUGCGAUUUGAACGGCGACGGAACAAUCUGCCGCAGCGGGUCGCAGUGCGUGUCGCGCAGGGAGGGCGGGAUCUUGUGUCAGGGAUGUACGAUCGACGCGGAGUACACGACUGCCAUGUGUGAAUUGAGAGCUCGAAGUUUCCCGGCUUCCUCGUUUCUGACGUUUCCCGGUUUGAAGAGAAGGCACAGAUUUAACUUCAAAUUGAAAUUCGCGACCACGUCUCCCUCUGGGCUGCUGAUGUACAACGGUCGUUACAACGAGCGUCAUGACUUCGUUGCUCUGGAGACGGUGGCGAGCGACGCGGGCAAGGGGGGCGGGGAGGGGCUGCGCUUCUCUUUUGCCCUCGGCGGCGCUAAGACUGAGGUCACUGUCGCUGCGCACGUGGCUGACGGCGCCUGGCACACUGUUGAGAUACAGUAUUAUAAUAGGACUGCAACUAUGAUACUUGAUAACUGUGACAAAGAUUUAUCGUUGGCGGGUGCUAACGUAUUCGGAAUUAAAUACGCAUGCGCGAACUUUACGAGAAAAGAACUGCCACCGCGCUGUGAUGUCCCCACUGAAACUUGUCACAGAUUCCUCGAUUUAACCGGACCUCUACAAAUUGGCGGUCUGCCGAACAUCCCUACGAGUUUCCAAGUCAAGAACAAAGAUUUUGUUGGCUGCAUAUCUGAUGUCUAUAUAGACCAUAAAUUUCUAGAUCUUAACAGCUACGUGUCAGACAAUGGCACACUAGCUGGAUGCCCGCAGAAGCGGUCACGGUGCAGCUCUACGCCGUGCCACCGCGCCGCCAACUGCACCGACCUCUGGGACUCCUUCCUCUGUGACUGUCCCGAGGGGUACUCUGGACAUGACUGCUCCGAGACGACGUCUGCGCCAUGGCGGUUCAGCGGCGAUGGCAUGCUGUCGUUUAACCCGCUGUUGCGGCCCAUCCAGUUGCCCUGGCUGAACGCGCUGAGCCUGCGCACGCGCCAACGCGACUCCUUCCUUAUGUCCGUGCAAGUCGGACAGAACAGCAGCGUAUUUAUUAGUCUCAAAUCGGGACUCCUGCACUACUCAUAUAACGGAGAAACGAUGUUCCUACCAUCGACUAACCUCGCAGAUGGCAACUGGCAUAGAAUAGAGAUUAAAUGGCUGGGCACUGAUAUAUCGGUUGUUAUCGACUACGGCCUGAAGAGCGCGCUGCUACCAAUGUUGGCGAAUAAGAUACAAGGACAGUACAUCGGCAAGAUCCUCAUCGGAGGUCCUGACACCACAGCGGGCUUGUUGGCCUCAGAAGUUGGAUAUUUUGAAGGAUGUAUACAAGAUGUUCGAGUGGGCACAGCGCAGUCUCUACUCAACCGGCCAACAGUCCGAGAAAAUGUUCGAGAUGGAUGUCAGUCGAAAGCAGAUUGCUUGCUUUCAAUAUGUCCACCCUACAGUAAAUGCGUGUCAGAGUGGGACAGUACGGAGUGCGUGUGCGAGCGCGGCCGCGUGGGGCCGCAGUGCGUGGCGGCGUGCGAGCUGCGCCCGUGCGGCCCGAACGCCGUCUGCGUGCCUGACGACACGGACAGGGGUUAUAGCUGCAAGUGCGCUGAAGGAUACAUUAUGACAGCCGAGGGUUGCAUGGAGCAUCGCGAGGAGGAGUGUCCGGGGGGCUGGUGGGGAGUGACGGGGUGCGGGCCGUGUGACUGCGACGCAGCGCGCGGAUUCCACCCGCACUGCGCCGCUAAAGACGGUCGCUGUCGAUGCAAGGAGAACCACUACAAGUCUCAGGAGGGCGAGGGGUGCGUGGCGUGCCAGUGCUACGCGGCGGGCUCGCUCAACAGCUCGUGCGAGGAUACCAGUGGACAGUGCCAUUGUCGCAGCGGAGUUAUCGGCCGCGCCUGCGACUCCUGUUCCAACCUCUAUGCAGAGGUCACACCUAACGCUGGAUGUAAAGUUAUUUACGAUGGAUGUCCUCGAUCUUUCUCAAACGGAGUAUGGUGGCCUCGGACCAAGUUCGGAGUCGAAGCCAUCACUGAUUGCCCAACAGGUUCCAGCGGCAGGGCGACGCGCAUGUGUGACGAGGUGCAAGUGGUGCCAUGGCAGGAACCCGACAUGUUCAACUGCACCACUGAAACAUUCUAUCAGCUUCGCAAGCAGCUACACAAGAUCGAGACGGGCGAGUUAACAGUGAACACGUUCGUGAGCGUUCGUCUCGCGGAGGAGGUGUGGGCCGCGUGCGCGCGCACCGCAAGGCUCUUCGGCGCAGACGUGCUGGUGGCGGAGGGCAUCCUGCUGGAGCUGCUGCGCCACGAGCUACGUCAGGCCGGCCUCAAUCUUACACACAGUCAGGAUAAGGAUUACGUCCGGAACAUAAUCAAAUCAGCAAACACUAUCCUAAACAUCGAGUACGACAAGGAAUGGCAACGCAUUAGGAAACUGACCGGCCACGGCGUCGAACAUUUACUGCAAAAGUUUGACAAAUAUAUAGCAGUGCUCGCGGAGAGUCAGCACGAUACUUAUACAAGCCCAUUUGAAAUCGUCACCAGUGAUUUAGUAAUUGGAGUAGAUAUUGUAACAGCAGAAUCGAUUUACGGUUUCGAACCUACACAAUUGAACCGUUACAGCGGAGAAACUAUAACAACUGAGCGUGUGGUGCUACCGGACACUUCGGCAUUCAUACAUUCUCCCAUACAACCUGGUUACUAUAGCACCGGCAAAACGAAAACAAAAAAGCCAUUGAGUCCAACAGUGUCAUUCCCAAAAUACAACAACUAUGUCAAGAAUAAAAACAAGUUCGAUAAAUAUUCAAGGGUACUACUACCACUGGAUCUGCUUGGUAUUAAUAGCAAUACGGAAGAAAACAUAGUAUCAGGAUAUGAGUCGCGUGCUGUAUUCGCAUACAUGCAGUACUCGCGCAACACAUCGCAGCUGUUGCCGCUGCGGACCGACGACUCCGUGAGCCGUCGUUGGGGCGUCAACGUCACGCUCGGCUCACCAGUGCUGCAACUCGCGCUCUUCGUACCCGAACAAGUCUGGAGGAAGGAGGCCAAUGAUAACGAUAGUCUCGACAUUAAUGAUAUAGCAGGCGUUGUCUACGCCAAUAAAGGCCAGAAUCAUCAAUCGCAAACAAACAACGUCGGAUCCAACUCUCAAUCAAGAAACCCUUGGUCGCAUUCCAACGAAGACGACAACAAUGAAAAUCACGGACCUAUUGUUAUUCAACCAGCAUUCAAAAAACAAGACAAAGUUGAAGACACGGAAAAUUUAAAAGAAAACAAUUCUACGUACGGCACCGAAAAGGCUAUUAAAAUCGACAGCGACGGCUUGAAAGUUAUGGCUCUUGUUAUGGAACCCAACGAUAAAACCAAAGAUGGAAUUAAUUCUAGCAAAGAAGUGGAUAAAAAGAGGCUGAUCUAUAAAAGUCUAAGCGGUAUUAGGUUGAAGAAACCUAUCAGAUUGCAAUUAUGGUUGGAUAUAAACAGAGAAACAUUUGGUUCAAGAACCAAUCCACAAUGUGUUCAUUGGUCGACGUUGAGAGGGUCUGGCGAAUGGUCGCGUGUCGGUUGUCACACUGAAAUAGACUACGACUGGUCACCUUACUCAGAUGAACCUCUGCGUAUUAAUUGUACAUGUAAUCAUCUAUCGACCUUUGCUGUAUUGGUCGAUGAAGUUGAUAUUGAGUUGAUACCGGAGCCGUCCUUGUUGGAGUCGGUGACGUCAUACACGGCGUUCAGCAUCUCGCUGCCGCUGCUGCUGGUGACGUGGGCGGCGCUGUGCCUGAUGCGGGGCGGCGCCGCCACCGUCUCCAAUUCGAUACACAAGCAUCUCAUAUUCUGCGUCUUCAUGGCCGAGCUGCUUUAUCUCAUCGCGCUCAAAGCAAGGAAUUCUUUGGUGCAAAACGAGUUCGGUUGCAAGGUGAUUGCGAUGUCGCUGCACUACUGGUGGCUGGCGGCGCUGGGCUGGGCGGGGUGCGAGGCGUGGCAGCUGCGCCGGCUGCUGCGCGAACUGCGCGACGUCAACCACGGCGGACUGGCCGCGCCGCUCGCCGCCGCAUACGCCGCGCCCGCAGUCGCCCUCGCGCUCGCGGCAGCGCAUACCCCGCAUCAGUACGGCAACGCGCUGUUCUGCUGGGUGAGCUGUCACGAGCCGGUGGUGUGGUGGGUGGUGGUGCCGGCCGCGGUGUACGCCGCCGUCGCCGUAGUGUUCCUCGCGGGGGCCACGCGCGCCGCCUUCACCGUCAGGGAUCACGUCACAGGAUUCGGCAACUUAAGGAUGCUGCUCGCCAUCAGUAUCAUCUGCUUACCGCUGCUGUGCGUGUCGUGGGCGAGCGCGCUGGUGCUGGGCAGCGAGGCGGGCGAGCGCCGCAACGCGCUCAGCUCGCUGCUGGCGGCCGCGGUCACUCUGCACGCCGCCGCCGCCGCGCUCGGACACGUGCUGCUCAACGUGCGCGUGCGCGACAACCUGCGCAGGACUGUUCUCAGAUGCAUGGGCAAGAAGGUUCCGCUCGCGGACACGUCUAUUAUAGUCAGCUCAAGCGCUGCGAACCUCUCUCAAGCAAACAGAUCUGCUCUGGCCUACCACAGCGGCGAGACUGGCCGGCAGCUGCGCAAUAUAGGAAUAUCUGCAUCGUCUACAACUUCGCGCUCUACAACUAAAACAAGCUCCAGCCCUUAUAGCCGCAGUGACGGGCAGCUGCGUCACACGAGCACGUCGACCUCCAACUACAACACAAGCGCCAGCGACAUGCCCGCCUACCUCAGGGGCUUCGACUCCUCGCUGCACACCAGGAAAGAUGAUGAAGGGCGGCGUCGUCGCAAGCGUGCGGGGGAGGGCGCGGGGGGCGAGCGCGAGGGCGCGGAGGGCACUGAGGGCACCGACAGCGACAGCGACAGCGCGCGCAGCCUCGACCUCGCGUCCAGCCAUUCCAGCGACGACGACGAGACCAGCACGCGCCGCUCCAGUCACCCGCCCUCGGCCAACAGGGAGCGCAACGGCAGCAGCAACGGAGGCAGCUAUCUGCCAAACAUCGCGGAAGGCGCGCCUCUCGGCACUGCGCCUCGCUGGCCCUCGCACAUCAGAGAAGAAGGGAAUCGUCCGGACAUGGGCCACUGGUCCCAGGAGACGGGGUCGGAGCAGGAUGCGCUGAGCGCUGCGUCGCCGUCGCCCAACCCGCUGCCCAACCCGCUGCCGGCGCAGCUGCCGCCGGACCUCACCUCGGGCGUCUACCUCGGCCGACAUCGCCUCAAGCCCUCCAUACUAGAGAACGUCCAUGACACUUACGUUGCGAGUGUCGAUGCCUCGAGACUGCCUCUUGACAACAGAUAUGGUGUAAUGGACGAGGAGUUGAUGUACGGCGUAUUGCCCAAUGACACUGAGAAACAAAUACCUUACGACCCCAACUACCCCAUGUCGCCUACAAUGUACAGACUGCCACAAAAUCCUUACGGCUCCAAAACUUAUCUACCCGCCUCAAGAACUUCAGAAUACGGCUACAGUCCAACGAAGUAUUUGAACGGUGACCCCAAUGUAUAUGGUUCAAGGGAUUUCCGGGACUCAGGAGUGACCACGAGGGAUCAUGAUGGUUACCCCUCGCGGGAUUUCAGGGACUCCGGCAUAGCGACUAUGUUGAAAAAUGAUUAUCAAAGAAAGAUGGAAAGCCACUACGGCGGGGACUACAAUGAUAGAAUGUCGGAAGGAUCGGACAAACUUCACACACACGACAAAUAUCUGUUCCCUUACACGGCGGAGGAAGAUCACAUAGGUAUGCGCGAGGGUGCGCACGCGUCACACGCGCGCCUCAACACACACUCAGGUGAAAAUCAACAGCAAAUGGCGCCACUGGCAACUAUGGGAGAGACCAGCGAGAAAUCUACUACUGAAGACGACGCAGAAACCCGAGUAUGAAGACAACAUUAGUACAAGAUUUCCAAUGAAUCUCAAUUAGUUAAAUAAUUUAUUUAAUUUUGUUGUAUUGUAGUUCGGAUACUAUCAACUAAGUAGUUCUUAUGAAUUUCUAUAAAGACUGUCACAACUCGAUACCCACUGCCAUAGCGUAGCAAGUAACGGCUAUUUAUUAUUGUCUAUGCUUUAAAUAGAUUUAGUUAUAAUUUUAAUCAAGUGUGUUUAUAAUUUUCCUCAUAAAAUAUAUAAGUAACCGCGACUUUCCACUACUGAAACAACUGUGAAACAUAUUGUUAUCCCGUUCAUACUCUUUGGAAAAACAGAGAUAACUAUAUGUUUUUGUGUAGUUGUUUCAGGAGAGGAAACUUAGAGCAGACUUUUAUUAACCGAAUUUCAUUUUAAAGUUUUGAUUUUUCAAAGAGUAGAAUAGAACAUUUAGGUAAUAAUUAAACACACCCAGCACCGCGACGACCGCACAGCGUCCAACCGUUAUUCAUCACAAAAUUUGGGUUAACGCACCAUGGCCGACCAGUUUGAUUGGAUGCCUUACAAGUCUCUGUCAUUUCUCUGUAAACUUUAAAAAUUGACAGUUGCAUUUAUUACUAUUAAUUAAUUUAAUUUAAAAAUAAGAAUUGUACUGCAAAGUACUAAAGCUCAAUUCAUGACGUUUUACGCAUGACAUGUUUAUAUUUGAAAUACAUUUUACACUUUAAUCCGGGUGUUGUGCAAAGAUUAAAUGUAAUUCAUUAGUAAAAUGACAUCCAAAGGCAGUCAUGUAAAUAAUUUAGCAGUUUAAUAGCUUUAUUGUGUAAAAGUAAAUUAAUGCAAGAUGUUAAACAAUUUAUUUUUAUAUAAGAGAAACCAAAACUAUCGAGUGAAUAGCAUGCUAUUCAAUGUUCAAUGAUAAAGUUAGUGCAUAAGAAAUAUAGAACGUAAAAUUGAAGUUGUAUGAAAUGAUAGUUUUCAGAAAAAAUUUAGUGUUGUAAAUAGUUGAUUUUAAACGAGUGUUUGUGUGCAUUUUGUGCGUUUUAACGAAGAGUCCACCUAUUUUGUAAAUAUAAUAGAAUUUUUACACUUCCUAUAGUUUUUAUUUAGUUAUUUUUAGGGAACUCAAAGCUUUAAAAGGCUUUGUUGUAUAAAUAUUUUCCAACAUUGCCAUAUUGUUUUUAAA